CAUCAAUCACGUCAAACGCCUUUCUCCAAACUCUAGGUAUAUCCCUGGCUUGUUAUUCACCAUGCCCAAGGUCUUCAUUACCGGAAUCACCGGCUACAUCGGCGGCGACGCAUUCUACCUGAUCGAACAGAACCACCCCGACCUAGAGAUCUCCGCCUUAGUUCGAUCUACGGAGAAAGCCAACCCGAUAGCAGAGAAAUAUCCUCAGGUCCGAAUCGUCCUCGGCGGGCUAGACGACGCAGAAAUCCUCGAGCGGGAAGCGGCCUGGGCAGACAUUGUGAUCCAUACCGCGGAUUCGUCAGACCACGCGGUCGCCGCCAAUGCCAUCGCCAAAGGCCUAGUGGAGGGCCACACUCCGCAGCGCCCGGGGUACUGGCUGCACACCGGAGGAACCGGGAUCCUGACGUAUUUCGACUCCGAAGUUCGCAAGGUCUCCGGCGAGCAUGACGACAAGGUUUUUAAUGACUGGGACGGGGUAGAUGAGUUGGUGAAUCUGCCUGCGGCUGCGUUUCACCGGAACAUCGACGAGUUAGUGUUGAAGACGGGCACGCAGCAUGCCGACUCCGUCAAGACGGCGAUCGUCUGUCCUCCUACAAUCUACGGACGCGGCCGGGGGCCGGGGUCUGGACGAGGACGACAAGUUUACGAGCUGGCAUCGUUCAUCAUGAAGGAGAAGUAUAGCCCGCAGAUCGGAAAGGGCCUGGCGCGGUGGAACAAUAUCCACGUGCAUGAUUUAAGCCGAUUGUUUGACGCGCUGCUUACUGCGGCUCUCGAAGGGUCUGGAGAGGAUGGAGAGCUUUGGGGCGCGAAAGGGUACUUCCUCUGUGAGAAUGGGGAGCAUGUUUGGGGGGACUUGUCGCGAUUCAUCGGUCAGCAGGUGUUUGAGCUCGGAUAUCUUCCUCAGGAGCCGGCUUGUAGAGACUUGUCUUUAGAUGAAGCGGUGAAGUCAUCGGCGGGCUUUGAAGCGGCCAGUUGGGGCUGGAACUCGCGGGGAUCGGCUCUGCGGGCUCGCAAGACGGUGGGCUGGCAACCGCAGGAGCGGAGUUUGCAGGACGAGGUGCCGGAGAUCAUUCGUUCGGAGGCAGCUCGUCUGGGAGUGUGAUUGAAACCGGAGGAUGUAUGGAGUAGAAGAUAGAGAUCAGUAACGGUGGUGGUUUCAAAAGCCACGCGUUGGGAUUACCCUUCCGGGCGAUCCGCGCUGACCGACUCGCUCGCCGCCUUCC